AUGUCCUACCCCAGCACAGCAAUGGAUGCUCACAUCAAGACAAUAGAACCCGCUCAACGCAGCGAACACGACCAAGUUGGCGACGAAAUCGAACACCUCAAGCUCAAACCCGCCGAAGCUGAAAUAGCUCGGUCCAAAGGCUAUCGAGAGAAGCAAUAUCUUUACUGUGAUCUGGCGGAAAUACUCCAGGACCUCAAACCAGGAAUGCGGAAAGCGUUUGGUGAAGAUUCUGAGGCGUAUAGGCAUCUACUUCUAGAAGAGAAACUGGCUUCUUAUCAGUGA